GCUCGAGCACGACCGGAUUUAUUCUCAGUAGUUCAAGUCGAUGAAAUUUCUCCUUCACGCGCCCACGCGCUUCGUUUUCAUUUCACUUCUUCCGUUUCUGCCUUGCUGCUGACCCACCCGAAUAUAUGAUCAGUCAAUUCUCUUCCCUUCUCCAUCUUCCUCUUUCUCCGGACAAUAUCUAGCUCUCAAUUUCCCUUCCGAUAACCUAGCUCAAAUACAACACACACACAUAUAUAUGGAUCGGAGGAGGACUGAGAGUCCGGUCUACGUUAGGCAAUGGAGCGGGGGAUCCAGCAGCACCGGGUCAUCGUCGCCGGCGGGAUCCCCCGCGCAUCCACGUUCGCGGCUGCCGCCGACGGCGGCUGGGAUGUCAAAUAUCAAAAGGUCUCAGAACGUAGCCGCUAAGGCCGCUGCUCAGCGCUUGGCGCAGGUCAUGGCUUCUUCGCAGACGCAGGAGGAAGACGACGAGGACGAUGAUCUAGGGUUCAGGCGGCCGAGUAACACGUUUUCCGGUAAUGGCCGCAGUCACAGUAAUAGUAAUAGUUACGGCAGUGGUUUUUCGGCUAUCUCAGUUGCUAAGCCCAAUAGAUCUCCUUCGCCUGCGUUAGGUAGGACCUUCAUGGAUCAUACUCCUACAGUGCGUUCGACAUCGGCUGGAAGAUCUUCAGUAUCUGUUCGUACAAGCUCAACUACGACAACUACAACAGUUAUGCAACCAACCAGAACAUCACUAAGAACACCGGUUUCUAUUCCUCCAAUAGAACCCCCUAGUAAUAGAUUGAGAGAGAAAAGGUUUACACCUGAAAUGGGACGCAUUGAUUUAAAAGACUCGGGAAAUCAGCACGAGGCUUCUGCACUUCAUGAUGAACUUGACAUGCUUCAAGAAGAGAAUGAGAUUAUUUUAGACAAGCUUCGUCGUGCAGAAGAAAAACGUGAAGAAGCAGAGGCUAGAGCUAGGGAGCUGGAGAAGCAGGUUGCUGCUCUUGGAGAUGGUGUAUCCCUUGAAGCUAAAUUAUUGAGCCGGAAGGAAGCAGCAAUUCGUCAAAGAGAGGCUGCUCUUAAAGCUGCAAUACAUAAUAAGGGUGAGAGAGAUGAAGAAAUGGCAUCUCUCCGUGCAGAGAUUGAUAACUUGAAAGAUGAGACUGCAAAUACUGUAGAGAAACAACGUGAAGCGGAAUCUGAAGCAAAAGCUCUUCGUAGAAUGACACAAAGGAUGAUUUUGACUCAUGAAGAGAUGGAAGAGGUAGUUUUGAAGAGGUGUUGGCUUGCUCGAUAUUGGGGCUUAGCUGUAUAUUACGGCAUCUGUGUGGAUAUUGCAGUCUCUAAACAUGAAUUCUGGUCAUCUUUGGCCCCUAUUCCACUUGAAGUAGUAAAUUCUGCUGGCGAGAAGGCAAGAGAGGAGUCUUGGGAUGGUGGAGACAAUUCAGACAGGGGUGAACUUGUUCGUGACUUGAAUGACCUUACUGGAGAAGGAAACAUUGAGAGUAUGCUUUCAGUUGAAAUGGCUCUAAGAGAAUUAACGUCCCUGAAGGUUGAGGAUGCUAUUGUUCUAGCACUGGCCCAAAGUAGACGUUCAAAUAUUGUUCAGCAAUCCAUUUCUGAUGUUAAAUCAUCAGGUGACUCUAAAUUCACUGAUGCAUACGAAUUAAGUAAGGAGGAGGCAGAAGAUGUUCUUUUCAAGGAGGCUUGGCUUACAUAUUUCUGGAGAAGAGCUAAAGUACAUGGUGUUGAAGAGGAUAUUGCAGAAGAUAGACUUCAAUUCUGGAUAAAUCGUAGUGCAAGCCAUAGUGGGCCUAGUGGCCUUUCACCAACGACACACGAUGCUGUUGAUGUUGAAAGGGGCUUGACAGAGCUCAGGAAAUUGGGGAUAGAACAACAGCUGUGGGAAGCAUCUCGCAAAGAAAUCGAUCAGCCUUCUAUGCUUGACCCCAAAGCGGCUGCUGCUGAGUCAGAGGCAUCGUCGUGAUGAUCAAUUUCUUCUUCACCAGUUUUCAUAUCAUUUCCAAAUUUCUCAUCUUUCCCUAAAUUUUAAGGACAUUUUCUCCGUUAUACAUUUUUCACAUGGUGCUUUUUAUUGUUUUUGUCGGUUUUAUUGCAUUACAAAGCAGAGGUAGUCUACAAAAGUAAGAAGGGGUUAAUGAAAUGUAAUUAGUUAUAAUUUGAGAUAGGUUGUGUGGUUCAAAACAGUAUGUGCAGGAUGAUUUGCGAAUGUAAAAAUAAUUCUUUUAUUGGAUUCAUUCCUGGACCUAGAUGCGUGCUC